AACACGCACCGGGGUUCGACUUACCGGCUUUUGUCGCGUCACAGAGCGGGUUUCAUGGAGCAGAGAAGCCGCUGUGACCGGACCAGUGGGAUGAGAUGAAGUUUUGGAAGGAUUUCUCGGUCUAGUUGUCGGACUUUUUGCGCGUGUCAUUGAACGCAUGGUGUGAUUUUUGGAUCCACAGCCACAGAACCCACAGUGUCCGCCCGGUCAUGGAGAACCUGACCACGGCCAACAUGACUGGGAACGACACGGCUCUGCAGGGGAACCAGACCCUGGGCGUGUGGAGCGACUACACCGUAGAGUACAAGGUGGUCAGCGUGGUGCUGGUGUCUCUGGUCUGCGGCGUGGGGAUCGUGGGGAACGUGAUGGUCAUACUGGUGGUGCUGACCACUAAGCACAUGCGCACUCCCACCAACUGUUACCUGGUCAGUUUGGCCGCCGCUGACCUCAUGGUCCUGACGGCUGCGGGUCUGCCCAACAUCACCGAGUCCCUGCACGGUCAGUGGGUGUACGGGUACGUGGGCUGCCUGGGCAUCACCUACUUCCAGUACCUGGGCAUCAACGCGUCCUCGUGCUCCAUCACCGCCUUCACCGUGGAGCGGUACAUCGCCAUCUGCCACCCCAUCAAAGCCCAGUUCCUGUGCACCUUAUCCAGGGCCAAGAGGAUCAUCCUGCUGGUGUGGGCGCUCACCUCCGUCUACUGCGUCAUGUGGCUGUUCCUGUCUGACACCAAAAAGUUGGUGUAUGAGAACGCGGUGCUCCAGAGCUGCGCCUACAAAGUGUCCCGCAGCCACUACCUGCCCAUCUACUUCACGGACUUCGCCGUGUUCUACGUGCUGCCCCUCAUGUUGGCCACGGUCCUGUACGGACUGAUCGCCCGGAUCCUGUUCCUGAACCCCCUCCCCUCAGACCCCAAGGAGAACACCAAGAAGUGGAAGAAGGAGACGAGUCACGGGGGGGGGAGGAUGAUCAGCACCAGCUCCUCCAGCAGCACCACGGCAGCCUCCCGCAGACAGGUGACCAAGAUGCUGGCGGUGGUGGUGGUCCUGUUCGCCGUACUGUGGAUGCCGUACCGGACCCUGGUGGUGGUCAACUCCUUCCUGGACCACGCCUACCAGGACAUCUGGUUCCUGCUCUUCUGCCGCCUCUGCAUCUACCUGAACAGCGCCAUCAACCCGGUCAUCUACAACGCCAUGUCUCAGAAGUUCCGCGCCGCCUUCCAGAAGCUGUGCCACUGCGGCCCCCAGCGCAUGGACAAGCCCGCCUCCUACAGCGUGGCGCUCACCUACAGCGUCAUCAAGGAGACGUCCAACGGCGAGAGCCCCGACCACUUCACCACGGAGAUGGACGAGCUCAACGCGCCCACCGACCGCUUCCUGCCCAGUGGCGUCCUGCCUGCUGCCAAGAGGACGCCCUCGCUGUCGGGGAGACACGUCAAAGCCUGAGCAGAACCAGACUUGGAUCGCUGAGGUUCUGACAGCUGUGGAUAUUCAACACGUUUUAAGACAUCCCAAUUCAAUUUCCUCG